GUUGUGGGCUCUUUCGUUCCUACCACCGUCAUGGACGCGAUUCCUCCCGUUUUCUGGGAUUUUCUCCUCCGCGUACCCUUGUCUUUCGACAGAACCCAGAUUUUUAUAUUCUUCCCUUGUCUAUGGCCGACAUUUGUAUCUAAUGUCUUGAGAAGCGGGUGAAGGAGCGCAAAUUGAACUUCGGGGAUCAGACUUCUGCUUCUACAUGGUCGACAUCGCCUACCUCUGCCCAGUUCCCCUUCGCUCGACUCGAGGACAGUGCAGUCAAGUACCAGGCGUGCGGGAGUCAGAGGCGAAAGGACCUGUGGGAUCGAGGCCGUUCUCCGUCCCGAACAUAGGCGUACCCUCGGUAGUGGUCCGUAUGCUGGCUGUGUGCGGUUGUUUUGGGGGGCGCCUCGGUGCUCGGUGCGUUUUUACUACCAUGGAAACAUUUCGAGUUUUGAUUGCCGCCAUUACAAAGGAUUUUGUCAUUACUUACGAACCCUCAAACAUUCUUCAUUGGUCAGACCAGUUAAGCUUCAAGCUUCAAGAGUCAUUACCAGCGUUCACCCAUGCAAACCUCAAAUCUACGACAUCCAGCAAUCACCGCAUUAUGCCUCAAUGGUUCUGUUUCCGAGCACCACGGUCACCAUGUUGAUUCUUGCUGCGGCCCGCCGUCAGACCUUCCGUUGAAGGCAUCGGAAGCGGGGCCUGUGGUUGUUUGACUGUUUAGGUACAUAUUGCUACUUAUUCCGCUGCAAAGGAUUGCACUUCGCUCCCACAUCCUCUCCAGGAAGAAUCUUGGUGGCUAC